GGAGGAGGAGGAGGAGGAGGAGGAGGAGGGAGGAGGAGGAGAAAUAAAAGUGGGUGAAUUUGCGAAAGAUGAAAAUACGUGCGGAGUGAAUGUGUGCCAGAAUACCGAGGGUGACGCUAUAGUACUUUACUGCCAGAAACCGGCCCCGUUCGAAAUGUGUAAUACCGAUGGAGUGUCCACAAAAGCACCGUUUCCGGAGUGCUGCUGGAAGUGCGUGGCUUAUACUAAUUGCGAAGAAACAGGCGGUGCUGCUGGUAAUGGUAAUGCUCCUGCUCCCAAUGAUAAGCCUCCUGCUGCUCCUGGUGAUGCUCCUGCUCCUCCUGCUGAUCCUCCUGCUGCUCCUGAUGCUGCAUCGAGGACCAUGCCGAAAAAGGGGACAAAAAAUCGGAAAGCAAUAGAUUUCAAAAAAUAUUAAAAUUGAAAGGAAAACGGAGACACAAUUAUUUUGUUUUCACGUUUUAGUAAAACAAUUUUAAUAAUAUUUAAUUAAAAACUUACAAUUCGCUCAAAUUUAUGCAAUGAACUCCGAAAAUUAUAGAUAAAACAAAAAUA